AUGAGCGAGCCUGGAUUUCUAGCAGCAUGCUGCGCAGCCCCCGUGUCUACCGACCAAGAGUUCAUUACAGAUCAGUCCUAUCCGCUCAUACCUGAUGGUGCCGGCUCUUUGCCAGCAAUGUUUUCGGCCAGGUUCGACGGAAGCGAGACUGAGCGAAAGUUCCGCGAAGUUCACCGUCUUCUUCACGAAAGCGGCUAUCGCGUGUUCAUAGUGGAUGCGGGUGCUGGCGAUGAUUUCGGAGACGACACUAUGGCUUAUCUCGGCCACAUGAAGAAGAACAAAGGAGUGCUGCUUUCGGUGUGUACAUCGCACUAUGCGGAGGUCACGGAUUCCAAAUACUCUUCGUUCGAAGAGCUCAAAUUUGCCCAUGGUAACGACCUUCGCAUCCUGCCUCUUCGAGUCUGCGAUGAUCCUUGGCCCCCAGAGCCACCAAGCGGCGAAGACCAUCCGCACGACAAGCUGGGCAAGGGCACGGGGCUUUCAGCAAUGGCUUUCCCACCCAGCAGAGUGUACGUGGACUGCCGGAAGUUAGGCGAGCGUGAUAUUGCCUGCAGGAUUGCAGCUGAACUGCGCCAAGGGGUCAGCCCUGCCGGGCAUGGUCAGCAGGACCCGUCGACAUCCCAGAACCACCGCAUAAUGCCGCUUCUCCCCGGCCUUCUUGGCCCUGGGAGCAAGGCACCCGAGAAGGGAAAACCUGAAGUGGUCUCUCGAGCUGCAGCAACGGAUGCUGACGCUUCGAAGAAGGAGUCCGAGGCGUGGAGAUCUUUGGCCAAGAAGGGUGGAGGCGAACGUGACGGCAGGUCCUACUCCGCAGAGGAGUGCCUCGUGAAGGCACUGGAGAUCGACAACACCAAUGCACAGGCGUGGUACAUGCUUGCAGGUAAGGCUGGCGGCAUCGUCAAUGGACAGGCAAUCAGCAAGAAAGAGUGUUGCGAGAAGGCGUUGGAGAACGACGCAAGCUACGCGAUGGCCUGGUUCAAGCUGGGCUUUGAUGGUGGUGGCACCGUCAGUGGAAAAGCUUUCAGCAAAAAGGAGUGCUACCAGAGAUCUCUGGAAAACGACGAGGACUUCACAUGGGCAUGGAACAAUCUUGGAACUCAGGGCGGUGGCAUCGUCAAUGGAAAGAAUUACGACAAGAAGCAAUGCUACCAGAAAGCUCUGGAAAAAGACAAGACCAACGAGAAAGCGUGGUUAAGUCUCGGUGUUGCUGGUGGUGGCACCGUCAGCGGAAGCCACUACGACGAGAAGCAAUGCUACCAAAAGGCUCUUGAGAAUGACGAGACCUAUGCACAGGCCUGGUUGAAUUUGGGUCUUCAGGGCGGUGGGACAGUCAAUGGAAAGGCGCUCAGCAAGAAAGAGUGCUACCAAAGAUCUCUGGAAAGCGACGAGGACUUCGCAUGGGCAUGGAACAAUCUUGGAACUCAGGGCGGUGGCACCGUUAAUGGAAAGAAUUACGACGCGAAACAGUGCUACCAGAAAGCUUUGGAGAAAGACAAGACCAACGAGAAAGCGUGGUUAAGUCUCGGUGUUGCUGGUGGUGGCACCGUCAGCGGAAGCCACUACGACGAGAAGCAAUGCUACCAAAAGGCUCUUGAGAAUGACGAGACCUAUGCACAGGCCUGGUUGAAUUUGGGUCUUCAGGGCGGUGGGACAGUCAAUGGAAAGGCGCUCAGCAAGAAAGAGUGCUACCAAAGAUCUCUGGAAAGCGACGAGGACUUCGCAUGGGCAUGGAACAAUCUUGGAACUCAGGGCGGAGGCACCGUUAAUGGACGGAACUACGACAAGAAGCACUGCUACAAAAAGGCUCUGGAGAUUGACGAGACCUUUGCAAAGGCCUGGUGUAAUCUUGGUCUUGCUGGCGGCGGCACAGUCAAUGGCACAGACGUCAGUCGCAAGCAAUGCUUUGAGAAGGCUUUAGCAUACGACGAGACCGACACAACAUGUUGGACAGAGCUUGGGAAAUGUGGAGGUGGGGUAGUGGGUAGAACGCAUUACGGGGCCGACGAAUGCAAGAGGAAAGGGAAGAAGUGA